AUGGCUGCACACGCGUUCCUCCUGCUCUCCUCUGCCUUGCUGUCUGCCUUCAGCCAGCCCACCCUGUCCUUUGAUCAAGUGCCUGCACUCCUAGAGAGAAGCACAGAAGUCGACUAUGUUACAGAGGUCCCAUACCCAGCUGUGAGAAUCAGAGCGGGUGGUAUUGAUGGAAUGAGCUUGGUGGCUGAGGGUUAUGUGCCCACUGAGGAAAGCCCACUCAAAAGAUUACUGAAGCGGGAUAGCUGGCACCACCUCAACCAGCAUGGCCAUGACAAGGGCAAGAGAAAGCUGCUCCAGUCCCCCAUAUUCGGGCCCUACUCUCCUCUGAGCGUGGCCUACAAUGGCAAGACCUGCAUCCUGUUCAAAGCCAAGCGCCUGGCCGUCCGCUACAAGAACCACACCUUCAUAGACCUGACGGAGAAGACCUUUGGACCCAACGCCCCUGUGGACACCAAGGGAUCCAUCUGCACCAAGGAGAAGGCUACGCUAUCACUGAAAUUUGGCGAUGUGGAGGACCUCAGGGGACUUGUUAUCAGGUUGCAGAUGUCCAACACAUUCUACGAGUCGGCAGGGCAGAACUGGUUCACCUUAGACAGCGUCCACAUCCACUACAACUGGACCCAUGAGGCUACAUUCAACGCCAGCGAGGUGUACGCCCCCGCCACCUCCUCCUAUCACUGCCAGCAUGUCAGCAGUCAGCACAAAUAUGACACCCUCCUGGUGCCCAGCUCACACACUGACACCUCAGCUAACUGGCACAUCACGUUUACUGACUUCCAGAUCCAGGCGUUCAACGUCAUGUCUGAUAAGUUUGCGUCGGCCAGCGACUGUGCCACCUUCCUGACCCCAGCCAUACUGAUGGGCCUGGUGACCUCUCUGAUCCUGCUGUUGGUGCUGGCCUACGCUCUGCACAUGGUGGUGCACCUCAAACACAUCGACCGCUAUGAGGAACAUAAAGCUAUGGUGUAUUUCCCACGCAGGCUGAGCAAAGCUCUAGAGCGUAGGGCCUCACAGCAGUACGAGCUACCCGACAAGAACUGCCUGUGA